ACAAGUCUGAACUGAGCUUUUCCAUAGUGACAGCAGGAAAUAGCAGAAGCUUUCUCUGCUGAGCUGUGAUGACAAGCUUGUGCUUGUCACGGGCAAAGAUAGGGCUUUAGAGUGACCAGGAUGUGGCUGGGAUGGGAUGCUGGCCAGGGGCUGAUUAGGACAGGAAGGAGUGUGUGCUUUAGAUGCUGCUGGUCUCUGUAGGGUGCAUCCUGACAUGUGUCCUGGCAUGUCCCAUGCCAAGUGCAGAAUGGUGGCCACGUGGCCUGGUUGUCCCCUCUGCUCUAACUUAAUCAUCUGCAGAAGGGGAAAACACAGCAUUGAGCAGGUCACAUCGAGAGAAGAUGGUGUCUGCUUCUCAGCUUCAAGAAAGGGGCUGGGAAAGAAACCUGAAGUCGUGAGUCUGGUGGAGCACUGCGUGUUUCCAAACGCUCUGCUCUGAGUUCAUCCCACCAGUAAGGCUGUGCAGCGUGAGAACUGAGUACUUUGUAACUGUGUGUGUCUGAAUGCAUCAGCCUUUGGAGGUGAGCGUCUUCCCUUGAAACAGCCUCGUGAUAUCCAAGUGCCUUCUCUCUUGGGAGGUCCCUUGGAAGAGCCUGUCUGUACGUCUGACUGUGGGUGCCUGAGAGGGCUGCCUUGCUUCCAGACUGAACCAUGUCCCACCCAUCCUGGCUGCCACCCAAGAGUACCAACGAGCCUGUUGGCCACGUUGCUGCAAGGAUGGAGACCACACACACCUUUGGGACUCCCAGCAUCUCCGUGUCCACCCAGCAGACCCCAAAGAAGUUUGCGCCUGUGGUCGCCCCCAAGCCAAAGUACAACCCAUACAAGCAACCAGGAGGUGAUGGGGACUUUCUUCCUCCCCCACCCCCUGCUGUGGAUGACCUUGGGAACAUCACAUCAUCACAAGGUGCCUUUCCCCCCCCACCCCCUCUGGAUGAUGUUACUUACAAUGUACAGGUGAAUCCUGGUGGCAAGACACUUGAGGAGAGGCGGUGCAGUUUAGAUGCAGAAAUUGACUCUCUGACGAGCAUCCUGGCCGACCUAGAGAGCAGCUCUCCAUACAAGCCUCGGACUCAACAGGGCUCUGGGACCUCAAGCAGCUCCGCUGCCACCACCCCAUCCGUGUCCACUCCUGUCACUGGCCACAAGCGGAUGAUCAUCCCCAACCAGCCUCCCCUCACCGCCACCAAGAAGUCCACUGCCAAGGGCCCGGGGCAGCCAGCGCCCAUCCCGGUCACUCCCGUUGGCACCCUGAAGCCGCAGCCGGUGCCGGCGUCCUACGCCACGGCCUCCACGCCGAGCCGCCCAGCCUUCAACGUGCAGGUGAGGACGGCGCAGCCCAGCCCGCACUACCAACCGCCCAGCCCGCAGCCCGGGCACUACGGCAGCCUGGGCCCCGGCCAGCCCUACGCCUCCGCGCCCUCCCGCCAGCCCACGGCCCCUCAGUACGGAGCGCCGCAGCCCCAGGGGCCCGGCUACGGCUACGGCCCUGUGCCCGGCCGGCCCGCGGAGCCCGCCUACGGCUACGCGCCCCCGCAGGGCCGCUACCAGGACCCCUACUACGGGGGCUACGGCGGCAGGAACGGCUCCGAGGCGCCCUACGUGCCGCAGAGCUCCUGGAAGGCCGAGCCGGCUUAUCCUGCCAGUAAUGCCAUGGGCCAGGCUCCCCCUGGGCUCUACCAGCCACCGGGCACGAAGAAGACCUACAUCACUGACCCAGUGCUGGCCCCGCAGCCGCCCACCCUGCAGCAGAAGAGUGGAUAUCCAAGUUCUGGACCUACAUCAAGCACUCCUGCCUUCAGGCCUGAGGAUGAGCUGGAACAUCUGACCAAGAAAAUGCUGUAUGACAUGGAGAAUCCUCCGUCCGAUGAGUACUUUGGACGCUGUGCCCGCUGCGGGGAGAAUGUUGUUGGAGAAGGCACCGGUUGCACAGCCAUGGACCAAGUCUUCCACGUGAAGUGUUUCACCUGCAUAACGUGCAAGAGCAAGCUGAGGGGACAGCCUUUCUACGCCGUGGAGAAGAAAGCCUACUGUGAACCCUGCUACAUUAAUACACUGGAGAAGUGCAGUGUCUGUGAAGAGCCCAUCAUGGAAAAGAUCCUCCGAGCCACUGGGAAGGCCUACCAUCCCCACUGCUUCACCUGCGUGAUGUGCCAUCGCAGCCUGGAUGGGAUCCCCUUCACUGUGGAUGCUGGUGGCAACAUCCACUGCAUUGAGGAUUUCCAUAAGAAAUUUGCCCCCAGGUGUUCUGUGUGUAAGGAGCCCAUCAUGCCAGCCCCGGGACAAGAGGAGACCGUGCGCAUUGUUGCCCUGGAUCGUGACUUCCAUGUCCAGUGCUACCGGUGCGAGGACUGUGGUGGCCUCCUGUCUGAAGGGGACAAUCAGGGCUGUUACCCUCUGGACGGGCACAUCCUUUGCAAGACAUGCAACUCUGCUCGGAUCCAGGCUCUGACUGCCAAGGCCAGCACUGAUCUCUGAGUAUCAGCUGUGACCCUCCCCAGGAUGCCCAUUGGGGGAUAUUGCACAAGCUUUGCAUGAUUGCUUUCCAGCCUAGGGUCUGAAUCUCUGUUAUUGAAAAAAAGAAAAAAAAAGAAAAAAAAAAGAAAUUAAAAAAAAAGUAAAACUGGAAGGCCUUGGAACAAGAGGGCAGUUUGAGAGGCCAUGUUCAGACUGCCCAUGACAAGCACCUAAUUUAGACACAACUGUCCAGGAGGGCAAUGAGCGCCUGCUCUGUCUGUAGCUGAUGGAGUUAAGGGUCACAGCACCUAAGUUAUCUGCCUGUAUAAGGAGGUCUGAACAUGGUCCUUACCAUUCUGUGUUUGAUUCCUGUUUCUUAAGAAGUACAUGAAGGUAGAGGGUGAAGUAUGGCUGAAGUAGUUAUUUCUCCCAAGUUAUUUUGAGAACCUGAGCAGGUCUCAUUGAAGUCAUGGGACUUCAAUGUCUGCUGAUGACUUUAAUAGGAUCUGUGUCACCAGCAGAAGUAGCUCCACUGUCCUAGAAGGUGUGAGAGCAGACCCAGCAUUAACACAAACAGUUCAACUGCAACUGUGCUGCGCCUGAGUGUAGGUGUGAUCUUGUAUCCUUGGGACAUAAAUUGCUCAUUUCUUAGGCCCUUACUUGUCUCCAUUCCCUUCCAGUUCAAUAGUGUUUUUCUUUUACUGAUGAAAGUCUACUUAGCUAUUGCAUAAAUUUAUUCAGUAGUGAUGCUUCCAAUUCACAAUGUAUGAGCAAUCACAGAAAGAUGUGAGCUUGCACACACUGUACACUACACACACACUACACACUACACACACAAAACAUGCUUUUGAUUUACCAGAGGCAUAAGCCAGUCAUGUCCCUUGAGAAGAUAUCUAAGGGAUGUGGGUAUAGAAACACAUUUCUGAAAUCCCAGUGGUUAAAAAAAGAUAAAAAUUACUAUAUAGAACUGCAGUGCAAAGCGAUGCUCAGAAAAAUCUUACGCCACUCUCUUCUACAGCCCAUUCUAGUGGGGCCACUGGCAGUGUUGGCCUCUGGGUAGACAUUCAAGGAAUAAAGUCAUUUUCCAUCUCCUGUUAUUGCAGUGGGAGGAUUUUCCUUCAACAGUAACGGAUUGAAUCAGGCUUUGGGAUGAUACACAUUUCUCUGAUGUUAACACAUGUGAUCUGAAUUUUUAAAUUUAAAAAAUAAGGUCUUGGUUUCAGCAACAGCAAAAAAGAUCAUCCUAAACAUGUUCAGUUUUCAUCCUAAGAAAGCUAAAGAGAGUAUUAAGCCCUUCACUAUGCCAUUCCAGAAAGCAGGCAUUUUUUUUUCCUCUUCCAUUUUCAUCCCAGCCACUUUUAACUUGCCUCUGUGAAACUCAUGGAGGUAGAAUGCUGGGCCAGAAGCAGCAUUUUAAUCUUCAGUCCAGAAUUAACAUAUAUCCCAAGGUAAAUAAAACCUGGGCACAGAUAAUCCUUUUUUUUCACAUGAUCAUGGGUUUAGGGUUUCUUUGGGGUUUUUUUUUAGUUUGGGUAAUUAAAAACAAAUCAAAAAAUUAGAAAUCCAUGGCAUUCUGAGCAGCUAUAAUAGUCUUGUUCAUGAAACCCAUAAUAACUAAGGUACAAAUUACAUAGUGAAGGAGUAAUUUUCAUAUCACUGAAUUGACAUUAAUAUCUUAUUUGCAGAUGUAAUCAAGGAAAAUACCUUUCUUUGCGCUUAAAUUAAGGAGAACUGAAACAGUUGCAAGCUGAUUGACCAUAUAAGUGACAAAAUGUAACUUUUCAAGAGUAAGUUACAAGAUUUUUUCAUGCAUCCCACUGAAGAACAAUAAAAAUGUGGUACUUUCCUCUUGUAUCAAGCUUCUGUUAUAGAGAAUAAUUAUAUCCACUAAUGAUGAAAAGAAAAGUUAGAUGAACUGAACUGAUAGGAAAUGAAGGAAAAAUUGUGAUGUGAUACUGCAGCUCCUGCAUAUGGUGCAUUUCUUUUCAGUUUAGCACUAACCUUUCUGGAAGAGCACUGUGAUAUUCAGUAGCUUCAGCUCUCUGUGGUAAAUUCAAAUACAGAAAUACCAGUCUGAAACCUCCAUUCCUUACAUGGUUUAUAUAUUGGCAAACUUCACCAGUGUCAGGGAAGUUUCCCAAAAUUCACAGCUUGAAAUGAAUCCUUCUUUGUAGAAGGGUGGCAUCAUUGAGCAGAAGACUUCCUUCACCACCACAGCGACUGUGCUGAAGCAGUUUGACUUUUUAUACUGGAUUUCUACCCUGGCCUGUAAGAAUGUUACUGCCUCAGACAUAAACAGAUUUUUUUGGCACCCUGGCUCCCACCAGGUUCCACCUGGGCUCCUGCUCCCUGAACUGUGGCAUGUAAGGUCCUUCUGAGCUCGCUUCUUGACAUGCAGUGUGCACCACCACCAGUCCAAAAAGCCUUGCAAAUACUGAGCAAAUCUAGUUUGAGCUAACACUACAAAAACAGGGGAGGUCUGUGCUAGAAUACAAGCACGGGUGAUAAUGUGAUGCAUUUGGGUGCAGAAGGAGUCUUCAUCAGGCAGAAAACGUAGCUCUGAUCUUCCUUAUUCUUGGGAGUGUUAAAUCAAGUGGUUGAUGAGACCCUCACAGAGGUAAUUGAUGGGAACAAGCUGCUGUGCCUUCCAGCAGAAUGUGCCCUAGACUAAGGACUCAAGUUCAGAGCCUUUGGGCUCUUUAUGGCCCUGCCAUGGGCUGGACUGGAGCAAGUCUUAUGGCUCCUUGUCUUCUGCCCUCUGCAUGAGAGAGCUUCUUUGCAGUUUCCCAGAGACAUUAUGGGGAUUAAACUAGUCACAGACUAGCACAAACUGCUGGUUUCUGGAGCUUUAUUUUCUCUUUCCAGAAAAGUUUGCUGGUAUGUAGACCUGGGAUUCCAGCCCAUUUCAAUGCAUGCGGCCAGCCAGGAGAUCCAGCUCUGAAUCCUCUCUGUUAUGAGAGUGCUGUGGUGAGUUGGGUUGGCAUGCAGGGAGGUGAGAGCCAAACUUUUCAAGCAUUAAAUAUUUCAUGGAUGAAAUAUGAUUGACAAAGAUUGAAGUGUUGAUGUUUGAGGUGCUGUGGCUGGUUUCUAGACCUGACACAUCUGUGCAAAGGUACUAUGAUGGGAGUUUUUUCACCCCUAGACACCAAAGCCAUCUGCCCGUUGGAAGGAGGGAGAGUCCAAAACCCUCUUCUUUAUUCUGUGUGGUUUUGUUUUCCAAAAUUGCUAUAAAUGUAUUUAAAAGAUACAGUAUCACAGAGGCUCUCAUCACCCACAUGUAUAUGGAAAUCUCCCUGCUGAUGCUUCAGGAUUUAAUAAGAAAUGCUGGUGGGAUUUAUCUCAAUUGCACUGCAAUUAAGAACCACUGGGAUAUGGCUUCAUCACAAUAUUUAUCACAUACUUAUAAUAUAUCAUGUUUAUCUGUUCCAAAGAAGGAGUUGUUUUGCCAAAGAGACAUUGCUUUUCUCAAACUGGACCUUCUUAGCCAUGACAAAAAUUCACAUCAUCUGUGGCUGUGGUAAUGUCCAAACUGUUCCAUUCAGAAAGAAUUGGGAGAUCACCCAAACAUUUCUGUUCAAGUCUACAGUUUCUGCUUAUGCUGCUUUGUCUUUAUCUAGUAUUUGUUGGCAAGUCGGGCCUGAUCCCAUGAUUUGUGUGGCCAGACAGGGCCCAGGAUCAGGUUCUAAUUUAGCAAAAUAUUUAAGUCCCUGAGGUUUGUUUAAGCACAGACUUAAAGCCAUUGCAUGGUGUGACAUAAGCCAUUAAUACCAGACUGGUUCUGUGUCCCCUGAUCGUACAGGUUUGAUCUGGGUAAGAUGUAGGCACAGUUAAAUUUCUAUCAAAUUGUCCAGAACACAGGAAAUGGCUCCUGUGUCACUCUUAUGCCAACUGCAGGAGAUAACCACAGCUGAUCAAAUUUACAUUUGGAUGGCAGGAGGCUGAGUUGUUAUGAGUGCUUUGUGUUGGGUGGUUGUGACACCUUCCAUAUGUCACAAGUAGCCCUACAGCCAGAUUUACUGUAUCUUUGAGCAAUGGCUUUAAAACUCUCCACUUAAACUUUCUCCAGGAGAUUGGGUUGCCUUGGUUACAGCCCAAUCCUUGAGCACACCCCCAAGGCUAACACUAGUAUUUUGUGAAUGUGAUGGUUUUAUUGUACCUUUUUUUACUCAUUGAACAUUGCUUUUAAAAACAGAAAGCCACACCAAUUCUUUAGCCUAUCAGAUAACACACCUUUAAUUUUGGUUUUGGGAGGGGUGUUAAUAUUUUAAUUCUUAGAUUUUUAUCCUGGCUGCAAAACACUUGGGUAAUGACUUAAUCACAGAAGUGUGGGAGUACCGAAGUGUUUGUCACUCUACAUAAUAGUGUUCAUCCUGAUAGCAGGAGUGAGGCUUUCACAAAACACAGGCCUUAAAUUGACUUUCUGCCUGUCAGCAAAAUGCGCCUGAGAAGAAUGAAAAAAAAAAGCGUCUCUAAAGAAAAGGUGCUUGUUAAAGAGAAUAUUCCACAAGUCUGUCUGAAAUCUCUUUGGACCUGUUACGGCUUCUGCCUGGCUUAGGUUUGAUAAAUGCUGGUUCCUUUUGAUUUUGGGAAAAUCUGGAAGGCAAGGGAUAACAGGACCCAAGAGAAGGUUCUUGAGAGAAGUCCCAUGUCAAGGAUAAAUGUGAGACGCCUGGUGCUUGCGCUGAGUGGCUCAGGAAGGGUUUGAGUUGCUGCCUGGUAUCUGAUGGUUCCUGCAGUGGGGUCACAGUGGUGAUUUGCUGUGGACAACGCCUCGCACAGAUUCAGUGCUCCAAGCUGGAGCUCUUGGAGAGGGGUGCUGACCCAUCCCACUGUGGUGAAAUCCCCAUGGGAAAACACCAGCGAUGGUAACUGAGGGUUUGUUGUAGAAGGAGGACAGGAACUGCUCCAUAAACCUAGAGGUUAGUAAAAUACAGACCAAGAGAGCCAUGAGAACACUAUUUCCAGUUAGAGCUGGUUGCAAUUUUUACACUAAUUAUGUGAUAGCAGAAGGGCCAUUUUUUUUAAUGAGAAGUUCUCUCUUUUUGCAGUGUUACCCACAACAUUUUUGGGGGUUGUUUUUGCUGUUAUGAUUAAAAUUAUACUGAAUUUUUAUCUAAAUAAAUUUCAGAAUUGUUAACAAAUAUUUUAUUUCUCAAAGACCCAUGUCUUCUUUCACAGUUGUUUACAGUUCUUCUUGGGUUUCUUCUGCUGGUAAAUUAAAGUUUCUGUUACAAUUUUGAAAACUUCUUUGGAUAAAAAUUCUACCUAAAACCAAGCAAAUGUUCUUGGGAAAUGGUUCAGUACUGGACCUGGUGAAAUAAAAAAAGCUUUGAAACUUUUCACAAGAUGUUUUUUCCCUAUUUUUAACUAGUUUUGCUAAUUUUGAAGUCACUGUUUCCUUUGUUAGAGCAAUCCAAGUAAUGUGACUUAAAAUAACAGUGUUACUUCUGUUGAAUUCAUUAUUCUUACCCAUCUUAAAGCCAUGGAGUGGCUGGCUAGAGGGACUGCCAGUGUCUUUUACUGUGGCAACUGCAAUUUUCUUCCCUGUUUUUAUCUUGGGGUCUUUUUCUGUUUGGCUUUGCCCCUGAAAUUACUGAAGAAUAUAGGCACAUUAUGGCAACUGCCAUGAAAAUCAAGAGAUACUGAUUGAACUUCAUCUCCUUUCUGGGUUUGGAAAUGGCAUUUUUCCUUAAAAAUUUCUAGAACUAUUACCUGUCUCCCUCAGCAUUUCAAGUUUGAAUUUGCAACAGUUGGUUGCCCAACUGGCAUUUGAAGCCUGAGAGAGAACAGACUUUACACCUGUGAAAUUAUAGCAUUCCAGCAUCUGAAAAUCUAAGAGAAGAAAUCAUAACCUCGGUAGGUUUCCUGCUGGACAUUGAGGAACAGCUCUCACUUCAGCCUGGAAAUUGUCUGCUGUGGUCUGAAAAAAUCGAAGUUCCACCCUUGCAGAGCAAUCUGGCAUACAAACACACUCACAUCAGGUGUUUGUGGGGCUAUAACUGAGCAGAAAUACAGGCUGCAAUAUUGGCUGUUGCUACUUAUACUGCACUGGGCUUUAUUCCUGACUGCGUGUCCCUGGUAAUGAAGUCAGGAAUGCAUUACAUGAAGCACAUUUUGCUUCAUGUAAUGUGUGGAAGCCAGAGUUUAUCACGGGUAGCAAGAGCAUCCAGUUAAAAAGCUUUUUUUUUUUUAAUUUUGCGAUUCGUCCAGUAUUCUCAUCCUACCUAGAUGUUUUAGAAAACGAGGAAGGAAACAGAAGCCCCAGUGGUGGCAUUACUUUUACAUUUCCAGGGGUUAGAGUCCCUCCCCAGGAACAUCACACUUGGGGUGUCUCUGCUUUUCUGCCUCUGCCUCCCCUUGUCCACAAGCCUCUCUCUUACCCACUUUUUCCAUGUCCUCAGUGUGCACUCAUCUUUGCAGUAAAGAUGGUUUCUUACUUAAUUCACCGAAGUAUUGUGAGUCUUAGCUAGUAGUUGGAAAAACUUGUUCAGAUCUUUAAUCAAGUAGUUUUGUGCGUCCUUAGUAUCAGUGGCCUGCCAUAUGGAUAUCAAACAAAAUUGUUAUAAUUAUUGCUUUUAAAAUGAUUAUGAAAUUGUGCCUUACUUUUUCAGUCGUAUUUAACCGUGUAAUUUAGAACCACAUGAUUGCAGGGAUUUACCAUGAAGAAAUAUGUUUGAAGGAUAGUUUGUUUUUUAAAUAUUUUUCUCCUCAAAAAUGAUUUUAUUAGCUUUUCCUCUUUUAUUUUUUUUUUCCUCCAGUUAUAUUCCUUUAAUAUGUUUGUGUAAAAGGGCAGCCAGAAUUUGCAUUCGUGAGAGACAGAAAAUUUUAUUGGUCUUGUAUGUAGAGCUUUCAUUUUCUUUUAUGUUCCUUCAGGAAAAUUCCUCUCUCCCCAGUUACUCAUACUGAGAUGUCUUUAAAUGCAGGCUGACCAGUAAGGGUUUUUUGUUGCUGUUUAAUUUAGUGUGUGGUUUGCUUUGUGGUUGUGUUUUUUUCUUUUAAUUAACCAGAUAUUGGGUGCUGGGGAGGCAUUGCACAUUAAUGCAAAACGUUAAUGCUAAUUUUCACAGAAAAGACAAAAUUAGAGUCUUUCCCUGUUCAGUGCAGUUUUGUUGCUGCUCUGUGUACAACACUAAUAUUAAGCCAGACUGUAAAGGCUAAAUACUCAGAGUGACCUACUUCCAUUCACCAGCAAGAAUCCUUUGUCAGCUGACUCCUGUUUGUUUGUUCAUUUUUAAAUGUCAGAUUACAGAAUGAGCAUCUCCUAAAGAUGAAAGAAAACAGUGUUUUCAUGUGCAGGAAAUUUGGGGUUGCAGUAACAGAACAUUUUCUUUGUGAAUUUGGAUGUCAUGGUGUUUUAAGCUCCUGCCUGGAGCCUAAAUCAAUUUGGCCUCUCAUCCAGUUCAUCUAACUGGUGCUCCUAAAAGGCUGCAGCCCUGCAAAAGCUCAUGCAGCAUUUUUGGCUGCCUUCCCUUGCUCCCAUUUGGUACAUAUUUGCACAAUUUAACUGAGCUUUUCUUUCUGCUGAAGGUCAGAUGCAAGCGAUAUGAAACACUAAACUUUAUAAACAAGCAAAACCAUUUCAACCACAGCAUUUUGGACUAGAAUGGAUUUUUAGGUGGCGCACUGUCUGCUGGCCUUUGGAGAGGGGAUCCUGAGACUGCAUUGGACUGGAACAGGAGGCAAAGCCACAAGCCUUGUUUUUUUUUAAUAAACUACUUACUGUAAUCCAGCUACACAGUUUCAGCCUCACACUUCAGAAGAAGCUUCCAGUAGCUAUGCACGUACAGGCACUUUCUCUCUUGCAGAAAGUGAAACUUUCCCAACCAGAGUAAAUUUAACCUAUUGCAUAAGAUGCUGGAAGUUGGUUGUUUUUUUAUUUUCCUUGGGAGUCUCACUAUAACCUCUGUGUGCAGAGGAUGAAUAGCUUUUCUUUUUUCCUCUUUUUAUUUUUUUUUUAUUCUGACAAGAUUAGAUGUUGCAUAUUGAUGAGCUAGCAUUUCAAAGGUCCGUGGGGCUUUGGAACAUAUUAAGAAUCUCUGAAGUUUAAUAUUCACCAUGUUUUAAAUAUUCAGAAGGAAAAAUUUGCAUAAAAUGGCUUUUGAUAAAUACAUUCUAGGGAUUGUUUCUUUCUAUCUUACACAAGCAUUGUGGGGAUUGUGGCUGUGCCAGUUUUGUUCCAAAGUGUCCCUUUUUUCAGAAUUUCAGGAUUAUUUUGGUCCCAGUUGUACGCCCAGGACCAUUCCUGAAGUCUGUUAUGGUUUCUACUGGGACUGUUCAGCAGGCAGGUGGAUGUGACCAAGAAAAAGGUUCAGCUGAGCAUUGGAACUGCUGAAUAUCUGCUUGAGGGUUCCUUGCUGCCUCUACCUGGGCACAUCCAGACCUUUUUGUGCCUGCUUCUUGUGAUGGGAAUGGGAUCAGUUCAGUGGUCAGGCCCGGAUGAGACUUUUCUGCUCCAUACCAGUGGGGUUUUGAGACUGGGAAGGACAAUAUCCUGGGUGCAGGGGCAAAGCAAAGUGUCAUUUGAUGCAUCUCAGAUCUCACAGGGCAGUCUCCUCUUCCUUGGAAGUCUCUGUGGUGAGAAUCUCAGUAGUAAAAAAAUGUGCCUUUAGGAGAAAUCCUCCCCUGGGUAUGCUCAAUUUCUCAUGCACUUGAAAAUCUGAUGCAAGCUUUAGAUGAGGAGGAUGAGUUGCUGGCUGCAAAGCUGCAGCUGUUUUGCUGUAGUAUCAACACGUGUCCUUACCCUCUGUGUCCCAUGGUACAUCCCAGGGUGUUGCAGGACAGUGCUUUGGUCCCUCACACCCAGCCUUGACUUUGUCACACCAGUCCCUGUUGAAUCAGUGCCUGGUACUUGUUCUCAGGACCGCUCUGGCUCAGGCCAAGGACACCUCAUGCCUCUAUGCAAAAGGUGGUGCUUUCAGGUUUUACCUUACAAAUAAUACAGCCCUUUCAAACUCACCUUUCUUCUCUUAUGUAUUCUUGACAGAAGUAGGAUUUUAAAUAUUUCAUAGUAUUCUUCUUUCUUCUUCCUUUUUGCCGGAUGCCUUGAAAACAUUGUCAGAUUACGAUCUGGGGGGGGAUCAGGAUCAGUUUCCUUUCCUUCUUGAUUGCAUGGUGUAGGUUUGCAAGGAGGGUUUUGUCCUUUUUUCUUUUUUCUUUUUUUUUUUUUUUUUUGUUAGUCUUACGGAACAGAUGCCUUCAUUUGAUGCAGAGAAAGAUUGUCUAUGAUCAGAGCUAAUCCAGGAUGGUAGGAUUGGACCCCCACAGUGAAAGCUAGAAAAGUGAUUGCAAAAGUAUUCUGUUUCUCCUUUAUUAAUUGCACAGGAAGUUUCCACCAAAGGCUCAUGUAGCCCAACUGGCCUAUGUAAUAAGUAGCAGGGCCUGUAAUUACAGUCUGUCUUCUGAUGCUAUCUGUGCUCCGACUUUCUAGGCACUGCAGUUCUAUUUACAUCUGGCUCUCUGUCACCUUUCUAAAUUUUUGAUUGGUCACUAAGGGAAAGAGAGUGCAAGCCAUGAGCCCCGAGAGGUGCAGUGAGUAUAAACGAGGGAGUCCUCCUCCCUCUCAGGUGUCUGCCUGAUUUGGGACACAGAACAUGAGGAACAGGAGGAUGUACCAGCCAUGCAGCAGAGGAAGUGGGCUGCCUGCCAACUGGGUAUUUUUCAAGACCUCAGAGUUCUUUAUAGGACUGGAAAUUUGAAUAUUUUACAGGUCUUAACUAGCGUACUUUCCUCUGAGAUAGUUCAUCAGCAUUUCUUUGCUCGGAGCUGUUCCUAAAGGAUUUGACCUUUUUUCUCUGUAAGACUCAAGGUUUUAUGGUUGCAGAGAGAUCCUUCCCCAUAAGGCAUGAGGAGGGAGAUGGCUUUUGGCAUCAAGCAGAAAGCUGUGUUACAAAUCCUGGUAUCAAUGUGGACAGCAAGAGGAACUUGAGAGAGAGGGGGAAGGCAGUGAUUUUCAUGUGGCUCAGUACCAGGUUCACCAGCCCUGAGCACCAGCGAGCACAGCCUCAAGCAGGUGAGCUCCCUGGGGUGUCAGUUCUGAGACCUGCAAGAGAACAAUGGGCUCCUCAUGGGAGUGUUUGGUGCUGGUCACUUUCCAGGAAUCUCUUGUCUCUUUGGAAAUCCGCACUAAACUUUGGGUAAAGCUUCAGAAUGGUGCCCCCCAGACUUUUUCUUUAGGGCAGACUUCCAGUGCUAUGUUUGAUGAAGAGGAAUGAAAGGCAUUAGGCAAAUACUGCACUCUGCAAUAAAACCCAUUAACAAUCUACUAUGGAUACUUUUAAUGUCCAUUAAACUGUUACACAAAUUGUCCCUUUUCUACAGCCUGUACUGUUAUUUCAUUAUUUUUAACCUGACUUCUGUUUAAAAAAUACCCAUCCAUUUUUUUUUUUUUUUUGUAACUCUGCUUCUAAGAAAGUUGAUGCUUUAAAAGGGAAAAAAAACACCCUUAGUUUCAAACAUGGGUUUUUCAGGCUUCUAAAUUAAUAAUUUCUACACCUGACCCAGUUCCUGCAGCUGCCAAAAAAGAAAAGAGAAAGCUAUUUAAAUUUCUCAUAGAACCAUUUAUCUCUUAAAAUAUGCCAAGGCAAUUUGAGGUGGGGGUGGAGACUCAGCUAUUUAUCUCAGCAGCUUGAUUUUUCUCUUUAUGUUUCUAACUGUCAGGGGGAAAAAACCGGUAGGAAGCUAUUCUUGGGCUAUUAUUGAUGUAUUGUGUUGCCAUUAUGCAGGAUGUCUGCUUUGCUAUAUACGGAAGGACAUUAAUAAUAGCCAUCUCCCCUGCCCCCACCCUCGGUUCCUCUUUGGGAAGAUAUGGUUUAACUGGAGCAUCUGCUGUGUUCAAAUUGCUGCUCCUUCCUCCCCUUCCCCCAGAUCAUUCCCAAACUACUUUAAGGAACCAGGGCUAAGAAAAUAAGGAGACAUUAUUUUUGCCAUUUUUCUGCCUACUUCUGUGGUGGCUCCAGACAAAUAAUUUCCAUGCCCUGUACCUGUCUACCCUUUUCCUUCCCAGGUACUGCCCCUGCUUUCAUUUUAAGUUCAUCAAUGCAAAGAAAAAAACUCUUUCUUGCUGUCUUUUUCUCACAAAGGCUUGCUGGCAGAACAGGCUCAGCAACAGACCUCUGAUUUGUUAUUACCCAGCAUUUCAUAUCCACAAACAUCAGCUUCAUUAUUUCCAAUUAGCAGGAAAAUGUAUUCCCAUUCCCAUCCCUCCUACCCCUGGUUUAAAACAUUGUUAUGAGACUUUAAAGGGUCCGUCUACUCGUUUAAAGACUUGGAUGCUUGUUUUAUUUUUGGAAGCAGAGUGUACAGUGAACAGGAAUAGUUUGAUGUUUAAAAAAUAGCCCCAGUUCAGCAUUCCCCUGAAGUGCGGGAAGUCCUGUCUCCGCAGGGCUGUGCCAGCAGCGUGACAGCCCAGAGAGCAAAGCCAGCUUGAAAAGGAAAAAGAACUGGCCUGCCCCACUUCAUCUGUGAGAAGAGAGAGGUGAAAAUAAUAAAUGUGGCAAGAAAAUAAAGGGUAGAAUUGCUCUGAUUUUUUUAUUUGGAUGGCUGUUCCUAUGUCUCCCACUGAUUUUGUUCCAUAGUAGCUUUGCUUAUUCAGCAUUUUUGGUAAUCAGGACCAUGUGCUUUUUCAAGGUAUCAUUAUUUUUACUUUUCAUUUGUUGAGUUGUAGUCUUGCCCUUGUCCCCAUAGGGUAUGGAACCAUUUUGGCUUGGGCAUGGAAUGAAAAUAGUUAGGAACUCUGUCUAAGACUGCUUACCUAGAAUUUGGAACCAGCAUAUGCAGUAAGAAUAUUUUCCAGUCUGAUAUAAAGAAGUUUUCAAAAUAGGAAUUCUACAUGGGAGGAAUCCCUUCACUGGGGGAAAUGCUUAGAUUUCAAAAUUAAAGGGAGAUGGCCAUUCAGUAUAAUUUCUCAUUGCUUUUCUAAUCUUCUCUGGUGUUAUACAAGCAGAAAAAUGACACCCUCUGUUCCCUAAACUAAGCCAGAGCCCAGCAUCUCCUCUGCACACAUUUGCUCCAGCUCCAGCUUUCCACACUGCUGCAACAUGGGAGUGAGGAAGGCCUGCUAAGGGAGCAAGGUCAGCCUCAUCCUCUCCACAGCCAGCACUGCUCCCCAUGGUGAGUCUGCGUCCAGCCUAGGGCUUGAUCUGCUUCCUAAUGUGAGUGUUUUGCCAGAAUCAGCUGUUUUCUCUCUGCCAUUAGCUAUGGGAUUGUGUGCAAUGAUGAGGAUUUGCAGGGAGGGAGGAGAAGAUCCUGUUCCAAUUAGGCUGCCUUUGUGCUAAUGUUUCAUUCAGGGCUGCAUGAGAUAAGAGCAGUUUGCACUGAAAUGCACAGCCGGAGGUUGUAGUUUGAGUUUCAACUGUGUUGAGAUGGUACCCAUUGAAAAUCCAAACUGGAGCUCUUUUUUGCAUCUGCCAGUACUUUACUGACAGCUCUGUGUGGGCUGGAAACCCGUUUCAGGUUUGCAAAUGGACAUUUUGUGCCUUGUCCCCCAAGUCUGAUCUAGUUCUUUGGUUUAUCCACCUAAAAAGGAGUAUUUCUAAUGUGCCUAAUUAGCUAAGCUCCUGACAAGCAUCUCAACAGAACAACCAGCAAGGUGACAAGUAGGCUAUGGACAGAGCUGCCUUUACAAAAAGUGCACUUCACUUUCUUCACUGUGUGCCUUUUCAGAGACCUACUGUGCUCUUCUAUGGGCAGCAGAGAAACAGCCCCAGUGCUGAGCAGGGAUGGGAACUUGGAAGGUGAUGGAGAAGACAAGCAAGAGGAUAAUGCUGAUCAUCUGUUCUCCAUGGGGAUAAGCAAAGCAAUGGCUUAUCCCAUCAGUGCAGCUUGUCUUGCUUUACACACCCUGUUGUCUAGUGGGCAGCUGUUCUGUAGCAGAGGUACUUGGGUAAAUCUCCUCAAAGAUCUCUUCCUGAUCAAAACUCCAGUCAUUAAUAUCUGAAGAAUUUAUUCCCUUAAUAAUGUCUCUUAUAAAAUCUCCAUCACUCAUUUUUUAUAUAAUGUUAGAAGAGAAAAUCUGAAGGUGAACCAAAGUUUGAUUUGUGCUACUGUAUUAAAAAGGCUGAUAUGCUCUCAUUUUCAAUCCUCAAAAUAAUAUUUUAGCAAAAUUUUUCCUGCUGUGAUCAGACAGGAAAUGCAAGGUGUAUUGGAAAUGCAGUAAAGGGAAAGAUUCGAUGUUUUGGUGCUCUGAACUGCAUCACUGUGACUUCCUCUACUGUCUCUUUGGAAAGUGAGAACUGAGUAUUGGUAGAGGUGUGGGCAGAGCCAAGUAAUGCCUGGACUUUCUCUCAUGGUCUUGCUAGAAGGAAUCUGCCUUGAUGGCACAUCAACUUCCUUAAUGGUCCUAUACUUUUCCAUGGCACAGCUUGUGUUUUGGACAGUCAGAGAGCCUGGAGAGAAGCCUCCAGUGCCUUCCCUCUAGUUAGUCAAAUGAGAGACCCCGAGUACUAAUUCUGUAUUUAUUGAAGUCACUUUCCAGAAGAGAACAAACAGCAGAGGUUUGUUGUGCUUCAGAGCCCAAUCUCUCAUGCUGGCUUUACAUGUGGGCUGAUACAAGGAGGUCUGAACCACACGUAGGUCGUUCCAGAAGGAUUCCUCUUGGCUACAGGCCCCAUGGAGACCCCCCUAAAGGCUGGGAGAAUGAUUCAGGUCUUUCAGACUGCAAGGAGGAAGUGUCCCUAGGAAUGUAUUUGUCCUAUGUGGCUGCUAUGCUUUGGCCUAUCCCUGUCAGCUGCAGACCUGUGUGCUCUGAGGGCUCACCAGGGAUGAUCUGUACUGGAUGUGCAGUAAUUCACAGCAGUUUGAGGUGGCGUUUCAGCUUCAUGGUGGUUGUUGGCUUAGCCCAUGAGAUGGAGAAGGUUCUGUGUUGUUGCCUUUGUUGCAUUUGGGAGGAGGCAUGACUGGCCACUCUCCUCCUUGUCGUGUCAGCAGACAGAGGCUCCCAGUGGUGUGGGAAUAAUCUUCCUUUUAAAUGUGAAUCACUAGCCUAGGGAUCUGGGCAAGGGGAGGCACAAGGAAGCACGUCCUGUAUGAGGAAUGCUUCUGCUGCACACUCUGUGCCCUCGGAUCCUAAUGAAGUAACAUUACUUGAGCUUUUAGGAUUGGUCUCUGUCUGUCAGAGCUUGGGGGUACCAGAGUUUUACUCCUUGCUGAGCAAAAGCACUACCCAAGUCUGUGGGGGGCCUAACCCUGCUGGCAUUGGAAUUUUCCCAGUUCCUGUGACUUGCUGAGUGCACCUCCUGUGAGCUGCUGAGUAGCCUCCCUUGUCACUGAACCCAUCAGGCCACUUGUCUCCCUCACUGACUACUUCCACAGGGCUUUGAGGGCACUCAGGAAAUGCAAUCAGCACCUUACAGGAUCGAUCUGCUAAGCAAUAAAUGAAGUUUUUUCUCUGGUAACUUGUGUGCAUGAAUAGAAAAUCAUUUAUUCCAAUUUGUUCUGAGGACAGAUGCAGCAUAUACACAUUUUCUAUAUUUAUAAAUAUAUAUAAAUAUAUAUAUAUUGUUCUCAGCUAGUUACCUCUUCUAAACUGCAAUUUUCAGAGCAACCGGCAUAUAUUUUUUAUUCAACACGUAAAAUUACUUUUUACAGUAAGAGAAUGAAAGCUGUUUUAAGCAUGUGUUUUCUGUAUUUUUAUUAUGCAUUAUCCAAUUAUAUUGAGAUGUAUUUUCCUCUUUGCUCUGCUCUUCCAGUUGUUAUCCUUUUUAUCAGUUAUGCUUUUCAAAUGUUUUGUAAGGGAAAAUAAAUAUGCAAAAUCGC